AUGAUAUCAAAAACAGUCACCCCAGCUCUCCUCCCCCUCCUGCUCGCCGCCCUCACCACCGCCCUCACCACCUCCACCGCCACCCUCCUAAUCCCGGACUGGUGCGUCACGCAAUCGCAGCCCACCGUCACUGUCCUCGGUUCCUCCUCCGACCUGACAACCUACUCCUACUCCUGCAGCACCGACACUAGCAAAGUCCUCGCCGCGUCUAGCAAAGCCUCCGCCAUCGAAGCAUCCGCAAAAUCAAAAGCCUCGGCCCUUCAAGCCUCACUAGGAGGCGUUAAGACGAAAGACCAUUCCGAUAACGCUAGGCGAUAUCUCGCCGCCCUGGCCGCAGAGAGGGAGAAGAGAGAUUCGAGUUACGAAUGUUACGGCUACGACGCCUUUGACGCAUGUUUACCUUGGGAAGUCACUCAAGGCGCGAGCUACUGGGCCGUGCACUACACUGUGACCGGCAUCGUGGCAGUUGAUGAAGUCUGCACGUUCGGGGAUGGUGGCGUUGCGAGUGGUGACGCAACGUGUACGGGUAGUGGCCGGCUGGAUCCGAGUAUUUGGGGCGAUGGUGAUGGGAGUCAUACGGAAACAUUUAAGAAGACGGAUGUGGAUGAGUUUUUUAUUAGAAAUACGGUUCCAGUGACCAUGGGCGGGAAGGCGGUGGUGACAGGGACUGGUGCAGCGGCUUCGGGGACUUUUGCCGCGAAUGCGAAUGCUACGGGGACGGCUGCAGGCGCCCAGAGCACGGGGGUUGCAGCGGGUAUGGCGAUUCCGACAGGAAUUGUUGCUAUGGCUGGUGCGGCGGGUGGCAUUCUUGCUGCGGCACUUGCGCUUUAGAUUCCUUCGGUCUGCUGCUUCCUCUAAUCGAUCUGUUGUAUUGAUGUAAGAAGGAAGGGGGAUUUCUUGGGAUAUUCGCUUCUUAGUAUAUGUUCUUCGGGUUGAUAUGGCGACGUGGGCGUUUGACGAAGAUCGAUGGAC